UUGGGUCUAAUUGCCAUUUGUGGGUGUAGCUAGUUGUUGUUGUUGGGGUGUUUUCAAACGCAAAUAAAAGACUAAGAGAGAAUGGCUGGGCUUGUAAAGGCAAAGAAGUACGACUGGAAGGACAGUAACCUUGCUCUCUUUGGAUCCGACCAUGAGAGAAGGGUCAAGAAAGCUGCUGCAGAAACUGAGAAGGCGUGGUCGGGAGCUGGAGCAAAAGUUGGAGUGCAGAUUUGGCGUAUAGUCAAAUUCAAAGUGACACAUUGGCCUAAAGAUCAAUAUGGAGAGUUUUACAAUGGAGACUCCUACAUUAUCCUUAACACUUAUAAGGAGCCUGGGAAUGAGGAAUUGAAAUACGAUUUGCAUUUCUGGAUUGGUCAAUACUCCACUCAAGAUGAAUAUGGGACUGCUGCAUACAAGACUGUAGAGCUGGAUACACUGCUUGACGACAAGCCAGUUCAACAUCGUGAAGUUAUGAGCCAUGAGUCUGAUCUCUUUAAGUCGUAUUUUGGUUCAGUCACACUUUUGGAAGGAGGUGCUGAUACUGGAUUCCGUCAUGUUAAACCUGUUGAAUACCAGCCACGCCUCUUCCACUUCCGCCGUGAUGCAAAGGGAAUUGUUGUUGUAAAGGAGCGUCCACUAAGCAAGCAUUCGCUCAAUUCUGGAGAUGUUUUCAUCUUAGAUCUUGGCCUUACCCUAUACCAGUGGAAUGGGCGAACUUGCAAUAAGGAUGAGAAGUUUAAGGCUGGACAAUAUGUCUCUCAGAUAAGGGGCCAGAGAGGUGGUAAGCCAACCAUUGAGACAUUUGAUGAGUGGGAGGUUGAUGAGAAUCAUCCUUUUAUGUCUCAUUUGUCUUCCGAUCCACUUGAGGAUAACGCCGAAGAAUCAACAGAUGAUGGAUUCCAGCCUUGCAUACUGAGGGUGAGUGAUGAGAGUGGUACAAUGAAGACCACACUUGUUUCUGAAGGAAAACUGUCAAAGACAUUCCUUGACUCAAAAGAUGUCUUUAUUGUUGACACUGGAAAGAAGUGCUUUGUUUGGAUUGGGCACAGUGCAAGCGCUGAUGAGAAGCAGAACGCAAUGGCUUAUGCAUCAAACUACCUUCAAGGUACAAACCACUUCCAAGUACCAGUCACUUGCUUGAAAGAAUUUGCAAAGAAUGCAGAGUUUGAUGCCAUAAUGUCUUAAACUGUAUGGCUAUGGCUCUAGUUUAAUAAAAACUUUUCUACUUCAUAGUUUUAGCUCUUUAUAUCCAUUGUAUUGACAUUAGCUACCAUAUUAGACUGCAAUAACUAUAGACUGCUGUGUGUAUUAGUAUUAUUUUUAUUAAAGGGAAGAAUUUAAAUAAUGAACAAAAAA